AUGAAAGUUCAUUAUGGUUUUGUUGGACAAAUUACACUUUUUACUGGUGAUAUUGGUAAUAUUGACUCUGGUGCGGUUCCUGCAUUUCUCGAACAAGGUGCCACUACUUCCCGAUCUCAAUCGUCUUUGGGCAAAAUCACCUCCGCAUUAAAUCCAAGGAUAUCAAAAUAA